AUGGCAAAUAUACAGAGGACAGUUCUUUCCGACAUUGGUCCGAGAGUCGCGAAGAAAGAAGAGGCUAGGGCGCUGGGUCUAUCACAGUUGGAAAUCGCCAAGCCUGCCCUUCAUGCAGAUGCGAUUGGAAGGUCCCAACAAGGUCUGCAAGAGUGGGUUGCUAGUUUGAAUCUCCUGCACGAGGCACCGAAGUCCCGAGAGAUUCUUGUCGGUGUCAUAGGUGAAACUGGUCUGGGGAAGAGCUCCCUCAUCAACGCACUUCUCGGGUGCAACAUCGUGCCAACCAGCAGCUCAGAAGCCUGCACGGCAGCUGUCUGCAUUUUCGGGUGGAAUGAUGACGUCUCCAAUGGCAACAACUUCCGUGCUCAUAUCACAUUCAAGUCUUACGAGACAGUCGAAGCAGAACUGGAUGCACUCAAGUACGAGUUGAGCGACCUAGAGGAGACCAGCCAAACCCAAGGAGAGCAUCCAGAUCAAGAACACGAAGAACGACGUGCUCAAGCACAACGGCAGAUGAGAAAUGUCGCCAACUGGUCGAGGCUCAGUCUAGAGGCAAUCAGAAAGUCAUCUCCAGCACAGAUCAUUGCGAAUUCGUCUGCCUUUGCUGAAAUUUUCAGGAGCGGACGAGGCGAUCGGGCGACGAGCACUUUCAAGCUCGUCAAAGCCGCCAGGAAGAAAGAAUUCUUGGCCAUGCUGAAGCCCUACGUCUCCAGCUCGAAAGACGUAGCAUCGCCCACGAGGUAUUGGCCUCUGGUGGAACAAGUCGAGAUAUUCUUGAAGGCCGGUAUACUCCGGCACGGCAUCAAACUCGUUGAUCUGCCAGGCGUAAUGGAUGCUCUUGAGUCUCGCGCCCAAAUUGCACGCAGUUAUCUCUACCGUCUUGAGAAGAGGAUCGUUGUGACACCCGCAACGAGGGCCGCUGACAACAGAGCAGCGGCUGACCUUGUCCUCUCGGAGCGAGAGACUAUGUUCUUGGAUAUGGAUAACAUGCUCAAGGGUGAUUCUCUUUGCGUUGCCAUAACCAAGACAGAUGACAUUGACGACUUGGCCGCGGAGAGCGAGUUUCCUACCCCGGAAAUACUUGCAAUCUGCGACGAGAUCAACAGACGCGGUGGAGAUGACGAUGAUGAAGAAGCAGAAAGCGGAGACGAUACCAUCUAUGGCAAUGCCGUGGAUAUGAGUUGCUCAACAGGUGAGAAGCGUCCUCGCGCUGACGACGUACAGGGUCGAAGCGCCGUGAGACAAAGAAUGGACGGUGAUGGACCAGACUUUGAUCUGUCCCAUCUCAGCACGGGAACACUCAAGUCGCUUCGCAGGCAGAAGUGUAUCGUGGAGCGAAAUAAGAUAUUGAAGCAAAGGGUGACGGAUAACCUCUUAUCCACCAGAAACAAGAACAAGAAGUCGCGCGCGUCAGCGUCAGCUGAUACUCUGCCUUCAGUCUUCCCUGUCAGCAGCAGAGCUUUUCAGGCUUUGAGGUUGAGAGACAAGACAAGUCACUCGGAUGGAUUCCCCGACCGAGACUCUACUGGCAUCCCAGACUUGGAAGACUGGCUACAUCAAGUUUCUCUCCCGUACCGGGAAGAGUGGGUAGAUGGAGACAUUAACCAUAUUCAGGUCCUCUUUGAUGCUGUGGAUGGAUGGAACCAAAAUGACCAUCAUGCAGCGUAUCCAAGACUCUCUAGCGAUCAGAAGACCGAAUUGGAGAGGAACAUGGUCAUUCUCUGCAAUCAUCUGAACGAGAAAUACCUCGCAGCCAUGCAGCCAUUACGGAAACUCUCUUUGAAGAGGACUCAUCUUGCUAGACAAUCUAAAGCAAAAGAUCAGCCAGAGCUCGAGCGAGCCGUUGACCUGUUUAAUCGAGCAGUGAAGGGGUGGGAAAAGAAGAACCCCAGAGCAAAUGUUGCUGCAUCUUCACGACACGAGAAGACCUUUUGGUCUACUUACCGAGCUUGCGUCAGGAGAAAUGGUGGUCCUUUCAUUCGUCGUGCAAAGACCGGACAGCCAAAGUCUAUUAUCUUCUGGAUUGAGGACGUGUCUCAUGCUUUCUGGCAAGGCCAUUUUGAUCAAUGGGCCUAUGAGUUCACUCGUCGAAUCCCGAUUUUGAAAGGGAAGAUCCGAGGAGCGGGUCUUAGAGCCCUUGCUGCAUGGCUAAAGGAUCUUUACGACAACGAGUCGCUCCCAGUCUCGUUCCGAGAGCUGGUGAAGGCUAGCGCCUUCAAGCUGGAUCACCUCGUCGAGAAGUAUGUGGCAGAUGUGCGUGAGCGCGUCACGCAGUUCCAGGCAUCAUCGAGAGCGAAGAGAGAUCCUGUGCAGAGGUCUUUGGCGUUGAUGAUGAAGCCAGGUUUCGAGGCGGCAAUCAAGCACACUGGCCAAGGGUUGAUGGCGAAGCAGAUAGAGGACGUAAUCAAGCACGCAGACAAUGUUGGCUUCACCAUGUUCGAGACGGUCCGCAACGACUUGGAGAAAGACCUCACAGCCGACAUCAAGAAAGUCUCUGCAGACGUCUCAAAUCUCUGGAAACAUUCCCAGCGUGGCUGUGGUACGCUCAUCAAGGCUGAGCUGAACCGCAUCGCGAAGGGUCUUUACGCGAAGAAGACCAAGAAGCAUCCUUCGGCGAGGAUGAGCAAUAUAACUCAGCAGGCGCUUUCCACCGUCAUUGCCACUUGGCGGUCUGAAUGGGCCAAAGUUUUCAUCUGCCUUCCCGAUGCGUUUCCUCUCGACGAUUUCGAAGAAGCGGCGCCUAACGCGGCUGAUGAGGCUGAUGAUACUGUUGAGGAGGAGAGUCAGGUGGUAAUUAAGAGAGAGGCCCUCGAGGGCGUCGAGGAGAUGCCGAUGCUUUCGGAGGACGAGAAGAAGGCAACGCUCCCAGAUGGCAUUAAGUCGGAGCCGGCUUGA